AUGGCUACAGAAGAUUCUUCAAUUCGCUCGCUUGAAUACACACCGACAUGGGCACUUGCCACAUGGCUUAAGAGAAAUCGAAGAAUUGCUUUGAGUGAUGCAGUGGACAAGCUCAAAUCAGCCAAUCUUGCAGAUUCCAUGCUUCCUUGUCGUAAAGACGUUGCGUCCAAACUCACUGCAGUACAAAAUUAUGGAAACUUUGCCAGUAAUUUUGUUGGGAAUUUGCCUUUAGAGAAUGGUCUACGAGGUGAUAUUUUAUGGCGACGAGAUAGGAGAUUGUUAGCAGAUGACGAGGAGGGUGCAAUUUCUGAUGAUCCUUGUAGUUCAAAAGGAAAGGUUUCUUUAAUAUCAGAAGAUGGGAUCCAGCAGCUUCACAAAUUCAUUUUCGUGCUAGCAGUUAUACAGAUUGUGUACAGUAUUCUAACCAUGGCUUUGGGCUGGACCAAGAUGAAGCGGUGGAAAGCUUGGGAGAAAGAAACUCGUACAACCGAAUACGAAGUUGCAAAUGGCUCAUUUGUCAACCAGGAACGACAACAAUUUCAAUUUCCAAAAAUAUAUACAGCGAUCCUUAGAGGAAGAUUUCAAGGUUGUUGUCAGCGUCAGGUUGUUGAUUCUCUCACAAACUAG